AUGUGCAUCUGUGCUGAUUCCCAGUCCCGCACCACCUGGAUCAGCGAGAUUGUGGACAUGAUCCUGCACGGCGGCGACCCUGAGAAGUGCAAGAGGGAUGCGAUCACCCACCGGGUGCCCAUGCUGGAGUUGGUCUUCCCCGGGCAGAUGCUGGCAGGGACAGAGCAGCUGGCCUCCAUGCCCUCACCCCGUGUGGUGAAGACCCACCUGCCCGUCCAUGUGCUGCCCCCGACCUUUUGGGCCAACGGCUGCAAGAUGGUCUAUGUGGGCCGCAACGCCAAGGACGUGGCUGUCUCCUUCUACCACUUCACCCUGAUGAACAAGAUGCUGCCACACCCUGGCACCUGGGCCAAGUACCUGGAGGAGUUCAUGGCGGGGCAUCGUUCCUGGCGGGACCCCCGGCGGGAGAUCGGGAAGGUAGCGCAGUUCCUGCAGCAGGACCUGCCAGCGGCAGUGCUGGAUGCCAUCACCCGCCACACCUCCUUCGAGGCCAUGCGGGACAACCCCACCACCAACUACACCUCGGUGCCCGCCGAUCUCAUGGACCAUGACAUCAGCCCCUUCAUGCGCAAAGGCAUCGCCGGCGACUGGAAGAACCACUUCACCGUGGCCCAGAGCGAGCGCUUCGACGAGGAUUACGCGCAGAAGAUGGCAGGGACCGACCUGCACUUUCGCACCGAGCUCUGAGGACGGCGCCCACCGCGCACCCCACGGCCCCACCGGAGCCCACUGGCCCCUUUUUCUGCCCCCCACCCAAUAUUUCCUCUCGGCAUUGGCAUUAGUACUGCCCCAGCACCUGGUUGCAUCUCACUAAUUUUCUUACGCAAAAGGUUGUUUUACAAAGUGGGAGCUUGAUGCCUGCAUGGUCACUGAUAGUCCAAGGACACCUCCGGCCCGUGUAAAGGUUAUUCCAACACUAGGAAGCACGGCGGAGUCUCCCUAGAGUUAAUAUUGCACUCAUCGCACAUAAACCUCCUUGGCUGUGUCUAAGAUAUGUCCUAUGCGACAGCUAUUUUGAAGAAAUAAUGCCAGCUUUUCAGCUAUUGGGAGUGCAUUUCUAACUAAGCCAAGAGCCCCAAGUCCCACCUGCGGUGAGCAUUUGGGGUCCCCUUGGUCUGUGAGCCCCCAAAUACGCACUGGCGCGGUGACGUUUCCAGCAUGCGACAAAUAAAGGUGGUUUCCUGCCCAGUA